AUGGGGAUUGGGGAUUUGGGAUUUGGGAUAGGGAGGAACUCUAUCAGAGGUCAGCCUCCGACUAACAAACUCGGCCCCUUCUGUCAAAGCUUCAGAAUCCCAACAAAUAAACUACUUCUCCUUGGCUUUGCCCUCCUUAUGGCCCCUGACGCUUCAGCUGCCCUUGCAGUGAGGGAUAAAGUUCAACAAUUUCUCAAUGCUGCUGUUACUGGGAAUCUUGAUCUCUUAAAGAAUUUGGCCGGGCAACUUGAUGAAGGGAAGGAUUUGGCAAAAACUGUGGCUGAUAUUAAGGAUGCCAACAAGCGAGGGGCCCUUCAUUUUGCUGCGAGAGAGGGCAAGACUGAGGUGUGCAAGUACUUGCUGGAGGAACUGAAGCUUGAUGUUGAUACAAAGGACGAAGACGGUGAGACUGCUCUUAUUCAUGCUGCUCGGCAAGGCCAUACUGAUACUGCAAAAUACCUGCUUGAUUCUGGUGCCAAUCCUGCUAUAGCCAGUGAUUUAGGGGCCACAGCUCUUCAUCAUUCCGCUGGACUAGGAGACAUUGAGUUACUGAGGUAUUUGAUCUCCAAAGGUGCUGAUGUUAAUUCCCAAAGUGAAGCUGGCACUCCUUUGAUUUGGGCUGCUGGUCAUGGUCAACAAGAUGCUGUGAAAGUUUUGUUAGAACACCAUGCCAAUCCAAAUUCUGAAAAUGAUGACAGUAUUACUCCUUUGUUAUCUUCUGUUGCGGCUGGUUCACUGCCAUGCUUAGAGUUAUUGAUUCAGGCUGGUGCCAAAGUAAAUAUUAGUGCAGGUGGAGCAACCCCUUUGCACAUUGCUGCUGAUAUUGGCAGCCCAGAGAUCUUACAUUUAUUGUUGAAAGCUGGAGCAGAUCCCAAUAUCACUGAUGAGGAUGGUUUGAAGCCUAUACAGGUCGCAGCUGCAAGAGGGAACCGCAGUGCUGUUGAGAUUCUCUUUCCCUUGACUUCAAAGCUUGAAACCAUCCCAAAAUGGACGGUUGAUGGCAUACUUGAGUAUAUGCAGUCUGAAACAAGCAGACAACAGGAACAAGCUAGAAACUUGAAGGAACUUAAUGUGCCAAAAGACUCUACAUCACCAAAACAAGAGCUCCCUGAGGUGACCCCUGAAGCGAAGAAGAAAGCUGCAGAAGCAAAAUCAAGAGGAGAUGAUGCUUUCAAAACGAAGGAUUAUAAUAUGGCCAUUGAUGCAUAUACACAGGCAAUUGAUAUGGACCCGACCGAUGGUACUUUGUUUUCUAAUCGAAGCCUUUGUUGGAUGCGUCUUGGUCAACCUGAGUAUGCCUUAGCUGAUGCAAAGGCCUGCAGGGCAUUAAAACCAGAUUGGGCAAAAGCUUGCUACCGAGAAGGUGCAGCAUUGCGCCUAUUGCAGGCAUGUGCUCACUUAACCAUCUCAUGA